AUGGCAGCAACUGCUUGGCUGCCAAUUGCUCGCGGCGAUGCUCUCCCCGAGAAUGCCCUGGCUGUCGGGACGUAUGGUGUCGAUGGCAUGGUCUACGUGGGCCGCCUGAACGGCGAGGUGGGCAAAAUCAACCUCAAGGAUGGGAAGAUGUGGAAUUUCCGUGCCCACCACCAAUCUCAUUCCUACAACGCGGAGAUCCUGACUUGCUCGGAAGUCUACAAAUGGGUCGCACUGAACAAGGGUGACCCCAUUCCUGCACAUGCUGUGGCGGGUGGCCAAACGCCAACUGACGGCCUCGUCUUUGUGGGGCACUCGAGCUUGGAGCCUGGGAAGAUCAACGUGUCUGAUGGCAAGAUGAACCAUUUCUGGUCACACAACCAGGGGAAGUGCUACAGCGCCUUGAUUUUGGUCGUCGAGCCAGCAGUUGCUGAAGUCGCACCAUUGGAACCGGACAGGCCUGCAAGGGUGGGCCCGGCGGCUCCUUCGCUUCCCUCCUCCUUCCCGAACCUCGUACGCUUGAGCCAGGAGGAGUUGGCGCAGCUGAAAGCCAAUGAGGUUCUGCAAAGAGAUCUGCUCCAAGACCUUCCAGGUGUCCAGGACUACAUCGGACAGCUGCGAGAGCUGUCACAAGAGAAUGCCAAGCGCGCCGAGGAGCUCCUCCUGCGCCAAGAGGGUGUGCAGGGAUUGAUCCAGCAGUAUGAGCAGGAUCUUGCUUCCACGCACUCCUUGCGCAGCCGUGUCCUUGACCUCGCGGCCGAAAGAGACCGUGUGAAGGCGCAACAGUCUCCGGAUGUCCUCGCCCGUCGCCUGCAGACCGAGGCUGCUGCAGACGAUCACGAGGCCGAAGCGAUCCUCACGGAUGUGCUUGAACAAGCCCAGAGCUUGGAAGCCAGCUCUUUGAGCGAUUUCUCCCGGAAAUUUCUGCAGUCCAAGAAGCAGAAGCACGCGAAGUUGGCCUUGAAGGAGAUGAUCCUCAUGCCCGGAACGAACUGA